CCCUCGCCGUAUAAAUCCGUCUCUCUCCUCUCGACCAUCCCGACGAACCAAACCCUAACCCGCACCCUGAUCCGCCGCCGCCACCCCUAUCUCUCAGAUCCAUUCGCUUCCCUUCCCUCCCACCGGUCUCCUCCUCCGCAUAAAGCAGGCCCCGUUCAAAAAUCUUGCCUCCAGAUCCGCACCGGGAGGGAUCCUGCGGCGGUUCUUGGGUCGCCAGAUCGGAUGGCUGCGGCUGCGGUGGAUCCGAUGGUUCUUGGACUGGGGACUAGCGGGGGUGCGAGCGGGAGCGGGAGCGGAGUGGUGGGCGGUGGCGGUGUCGUGAGAGGAGGAGCGGGUGCGGUGAUGGAAGGGGCGCAGCCGGUGGAUCUCGCCAGGCACCCCUCCGGCAUCGUCCCCGUCCUCCAGAACAUUGUGUCAACAGUUAAUCUGGACUGCAGGUUGGAUCUGAAACAAAUUGCCUUGCAGGCCCGUAAUGCAGAGUACAAUCCUAAGCGUUUCGCUGCGGUUAUUAUGAGGAUAAGGGACCCGAAGACCACAGCACUUAUAUUUGCUUCAGGAAAGAUGGUGUGCACUGGAGCAAAGAGUGAAGAACACUCAAAGCUUGCUGCCAGGAAGUAUGCACGAAUUGUCCAAAAGCUUGGCUUCCCAGCUACGUUCAAGGAUUUCAAGAUCCAGAACAUUGUUGCCUCAUGUGAUGUCAAAUUUCCUAUACGUCUUGAGGGCCUUGCUUAUUCCCAUGGUGCCUUCUCUAGUUAUGAGCCAGAGCUCUUCCCUGGGUUGAUUUACCGCAUGAAGCAGCCAAAGAUUGUGCUCCUGGUAUUUGUCUCCGGCAAGAUCGUUCUCACUGGUGCGAAAGUGCGUGAUGAGAUAUAUGCUGCCUUUGAGAACAUAUACCCGGUGCUAACUGAGUAUAGGAAAUCUCAGCAGUGAGAGGAGGAUCCACAUCUGCAAAAUUGGGGUUUCCUUCUGCUUCUGUACAUAGAAGAACUAAAAGACCUGACUGCCAAAUUUUUCAGACGUUCGUGUCCACGUCUCUCUUUUUUCCCUUUGUUCUGUGGAAGGACGACUAGGUUUAGGAGACCAAAUGCGCAAAGAAGAGAUUAUGUAAACAAUCUGGGCAAAGGAUUCUUUGAUAACUGAAUGCUGACGUGCAACUAAGGCAUGUUAGUUGGAUCAUGUUAUUCUGUAAAUAUAUGACUAAUUGUGCUGUACUGUUCGGUCAUGGGAGCGUGAAAAUGAUAUGAGAAAAAGUUCUGCGGCA